AUGUUGUUUAGAUUGCUACAUAAGCUUGUAAAAAUUGAUGGUGAUGCACUCAAUUUUGUCAUGCUUGGAGACUGGGGUGGUCAAAGUGAUCCUCCAUAUUAUACCACAACAGAAAAGAAAGUAGCUACUAGUAUGGGUGCCAAAGCAAAGGAGAUCAAUUCUCAAUUCACUGUUACAUUGGGUGACAACUUCUAUGAUGGCGGAGUAGAAAGUGAAGAUGAUCCUCGAUUCCAGACCACAUUUGAGAAUAUCUUCACAGCAUCAUCACUUCAAAAACGAUGGUAUGCAGUAUGUGGAAACCAUGAUCACCAUGGUAACAUAUCUGCUCAGAUUGCAUAUACUAAAAAAUCUAGUCGUUGGUACAUGCCAGACCUUUAUUACACAGAUGAUGAUAUUCCACAUAAGUCAUUGAAGUAUUUAUAUGGUCCAUUUGACCCUACAGAAAGUCAUGGAGGUUUUAAUACUGUGAGCAUUACUGAUAAAACAAUGGUGGUCACCUUCUUUGAUAAUGAUGAAUGUAUUCACAGCAAAAUCACUUCAAAAACGAUGGUAUGUGCUGUGCGGAAACCACGAUCACUAUGUGGUCCCCAAUCAAGUAAAGAGUCAGAAGACGAGUGGACAUGGAUUGAAGACACACUGUCAAAGUCUACAGCUGAUGGGAUACUUGUCCAUGGACAUUAUCCAGUGUGGUCUGUUGCUGAACAUGGUCCUACUCAAGUAUUAGUUGAUCGUCUACGACCUAUGCUUAUGAAAUAUAAUGCUACAGCUUAUUUUUGCGGUCAUGAUCAUGAUAUACAACAUAUCAAAGAAGAUGGAUCAAAUGUAAACUAUUUUGUAAGUGGUGCUGGUUCAUCUUACAGACUUCUCUACAGCACAUAA